AAUGUUCUUCCCCGCAACGUACCAAGCUCCCGUCGGCUCUUGGCGCAGUCACGGCGUCAAGUGAGGGGCUCAUUCGGCACCAGGGAGCACAAGCCCCACCUCGGUCGCAUCCUGGGCACAACUUCCAGGAAACAUCACUGCUUCAUGGCAGGGAGUCGAAAGUCGCGGGCGGCUGGCCCGCCGCCUCCAUCCGUAACCCUUGUGCUCGACAAUGGCGCUGACACUAUCAAAGCUGGAGUUGUGACUGGCGAUACGGCGGACGACCGACCUCGGAUCAUCCCUAACUGCCUCGCGCGAGACCGCCACAAGAAGACCUAUGUCGGGUCCGAGCUGGAAAAAUGCAGAGACUUCGGCGAGAUGGCCUUUCGGCGGCCCGUCGAAAAAGGAUUUAUUGUGAACUGGGAGGCCCAGAGGGAGAUCUGGGACCGCGAGUUCUUCGACGACAAGGCGCCGCAGAGAUGUGACCCUUCCGAGACUCGCCUGAUUCUCACUGAGCAACCGAAUGCACUACCGGCUCUACAGACGCAUUGUGAUCAGAUGGUGUUUGAAGAGUUUGGAUUUGCCAGCUAUUACCGUGGUAUUGGCCCUGCCUUCAAUGCGUACCAAGACAUGCAAGCCAUCUUUCACACCCCAAGGACGCCAGAUACUUCCAUAGACACACCGGCCGAGGUUAUACUCCUGAUAGACUCGGGAUAUUCGCACACCACCGUCACACCGAUCGUGCAAGGCCGGCCAUUGCACCAAGCCAUCCGCAGGGUAGAUGUCGGGGGAAAGCUCAUGACCAACUACCUUACGCGCUUGCUCUCUGUCCGCCAUUUCGACAUGCGCAACGAAACAUACAUAGCUAACGAGAUGAAGGAGGCUGUCUGCUAUGUGUCGAUGGACUUCAGCGGUGACCUUGAUAGGACAUGGAAGGGCACGCGCGGCGAGCGGAGGGCGGACUACCUGACCGGGGGUGGGAUAGCGAAGGACUAUGUGCUACCAGAUUCUCACACGACCUUCCACGGAGUUGUCCGGGACUACGACCCCGCAGGCGCAUCGUCACGCGCUCGCAGGGCGGCUGUGUCCACAGAGGAUGUCCUGACCCUGCGGAACGAACGGUUCGUCGUUCCCGAGCUCCUGUUCAAUCCCUCCGACAUUGGCCUUCGCCAGCCUGGGCUUGCCGACUUGGUCAUGCAGUCACUGUCGGUUCUACCCAUUGGCUUGUGGCCCGGGCUGCUCGCAAAUAUUCUGAUUGUAGGUGGGAGCGCUAAGUUGGAUAAUUUCAUCCCGCGGCUGCAGAUGGAACUGUUGAAGCGCGUGCCGGAUGAGUGUGUCGUUCGGGUAGCGCGCCCCGAAGACCCCGUCAUCAGCACUUGGCUAGGGGCGGCCAAUUUCGCUCGACAUGAGCACGUCAACCGGUUAGCUGUGACUAAACAGGACUACGAGGAACAUGGGGCCGGCUGGGUAGCCCGCAAGUUUUCUGCCGGUCUUGGAGUUGACAGCUAAAAGAAAUCCAUUCCCCUCAAGCCCGAGCUCGGCCUGAGAAUACUCCUUUGCGCUGGCAUUACCGUUCGGUCUCCCGCCCAUUUCAACUCGCUGCUGCAGCAGGAUGUUCCGCCGAUACA